CUCUGCCUACCAGCCCGUCUCAGUCAGAAUUAGAGGAGGCUUUCCUAAAUGCAUGCCGCUCUGAGGGGACGCAAAGGCACAUGAACAUUGUGAUUGUAUCUUCUGACAAUGAGGCGAAAAGCAUAUCAACGGGUCAUCACAGAUAGCCAACUCCUAUCUGCCUCCCCAGGCAAGACUUAGAGCUUUGACUGUUGGUUUGUGGUUAGAGUUCAAACUUGGCUUCAACAUUCAGGCGACCAGCAGCAGCCGAGGCAACAACUAUACACACAUGACAGCCGAGGCAGAGAGAAAAAUAUGAAAAAGAUAUAUAUUGGCAAAACUGCCCUGAAAACACAGAGAAAUGGUUGCAAACAUCAGAAAAGAAGCUCUUUACACGACCACAAGGACGACCUCCGUAAGCGCCUGUCGUACACCACCCACAAACUAGAGAUGGUGGAGACGGAGUUCGACUCCACUCGGCAGUACCUGGAGACAGAGCUGCGCCGGGCCCAGGAGGAACUAGAGAAAUUUACAGAGAAACUACGCAGGAUCCAGAGCAGCUAUGCAGCUCUUCAGAGGAUCAACCAGGAUUUGGAGGACAAGAUGCACAGGACGUCCCAGCACCAUGAAGAGGAAAAGAGAGCCCUCAGCAGGGAAAUCAUCCUCCUCAACAACCACCUCAUGGAGGCGAAGAUCACCAUCAAUAAACUCAGAGAGGACAACGAUCUGUACAGGAAGGACUGCAACCUGGCCGCCCAGCUGCUGCAGUGCUCCAAGUCUCACUACCGCGCUCACAAGAUGUCUGAGCUGCCAGUGGGUCUGCAGGAACGCAUCAGUUCCCACAUGGAGAAACAUAAUCAAGGCAGUGGAGCAACCAUUGCAAUGUUCUCCUCCAAUUACUCUGACGCCGUGCCCACAUCUCUGAUUGCCAAGGUCCUUGAAAAGCCUGAACCAGGCAGCAGUUGCCCGGUAACGCGCUCACCCAGCCCACAGCCACAAGAUGGAGACUUUCUGACAGCAACAGGAAGCACUGACCACCUGAACCGCCGUAUUUCCUAUAAAACAUCUGACCUGUACUGCAGCGAUACGGCCCUCUACUGCCCUGAGCGAUGGCAAAAUGCAGAGCGCAGGCAGAGCGUCGACCUCCACGGCGCCGCGCUGUUCCAGCUUCAGGCCCAGAACUCCACGGACAGCAACCCGGAUGAAGAGGCCUACCACUCUGGAAGUUUCUCCCACCAUGAGCCCCAAUCCCCCUUCAACCAACAGGACGACUUCGGCACUGGCAGCCUCCCGGCCUCCAGCUCCUACUCCAGCUUCAGCCUCGCAUCAGACGAGAAGGGAGGGGUUAUUGGUGGUGGUGGGCGCAACACCAGCAGCACCUUGUCCUCCUCCCACCAGGGUCUCUAUAUGGACUGGCGAGAUGGUGGCAGCGGGGAUUAUGAGCGCAAAAGCAUGUCCUCUUACGAUAAAGACAGCCUAAGCUUCCCCAAGUCCCUCAGCAUCCAGCACAUGGCGAUCCCAAGGAGUCCGCAGAAGAGCACCUCACCGGGGUACAGCAGGACGGCGUCAUGCUUCAGUGAGCCGUACCACUCCAGCACCCCUCGCCUGGCCUCCUCUCAUAGCAUGGGAUCCACAACCGGACUGGGCCAGGCUCGUGGGGGAGCUCUGGACAACAGAGGGGACGUCCCGGUCCCAGAGGACGACCUGAGCAGCCGCUGGAGGCAGCUCAGCGUGGAGGACAUCAACACGUUCUCCUCUUCCUACCGCAACGUCGCAGGGCGGGCCUCUCCCUUCAGUUCCUCCGAGCGCCACUUCGCCAUGGGCCCCUCCAGUAAGGUCAAGGGGUCUCUCUACAGCAGCUUCCAGGAAGGAGACGACGUCUUCCACAACCGCGUGCUGGACCAGUGUUUCACUGUGGCCCCCCUUUCGCCCAGCCGCAGCCCAAAACCCAUGGAGCAUCGUAAGCAGGAGAAAACAAUGCUGUACCGAGCCAAGGAGGACAGUCAAGACUCCGAGGGCAGCUUGUUCCUCUCAGGGAGCUCCAAGGAGAAGGAGAGCGGUGGGGGAGCGAAGGCGGCAAGCAGCGCCAAGAAGGACUACGUCAACCUGAGCACAGACAGCACAGCAGUGUCCCUACACCAAAGCUCCCUGGAAGCCUCCAGUCUUCAGCACUACCCCUCCCCCCGGCCCAGUGUCCGGCCUCGUCCCAGCUCCAGCUCCGCCCUCAGCGUCGGCCCCACACUCCCAAAGAAGACCUCUCCAAGAUACCAAAAAUUUGGCAGCACGGGACUGACGAGGAAGGACAGUUUGACCAAGGCCCAGCUGUACGGUACACUACUGAACUGAGGAGAGAUGUUCUUUUAUGCAUGAUGAUGAUGAUGAUGAUGAUGAUGAUGAUGAUGAUUCCUCACUUACUGUACUGUACUGUAUGUCUCACAAGUUCCCUGCAGCAAACACAUGCUGGGUGUGAUGGGGAAUUAGGUUGUUGGUGUUUUAUGUAACUCUUAGCCAAGGCACGUUUCAUUCAGUCUGCAACACUUUUUCUAUCGUAUGUGAUGAUAGCGACCUGAAACCAGCUUUUUUCUGUUUCAUGACAAUACCGAUAAUUAGAGUGACUGGGGAUUUCUGCAACACAGCCCAGGCAACAACAACGUACUGUGCGAUUUGCUUUUAAAUGUUUUGGUGUUAAGAACUGUUAGUAAAACCAGCAGAAGACCAUUAAAUUCCUGCUCUAAUAUAAUACAGUAUAGAUAAUGGACUAAAGCGUGUGCAAUGGGGUGACUUGUUUUGAGAAGGAAGGUGAUCCAUUAUGUAUUGUGGACCCUGCUGACUUCAGGCUGUUAAAAAAAAAAAACGUUUUCAUUCUCUAUUUCAAACAAAAUGCAUGCUGUAUUAUGCAUAUAAAUAAGAUAAGAAACACUAAUUUCCAGCUUAAUUGUUUCUCAUGGGGACAUUAUCUGCAAACUCCACUUAUUCAGUGGUAAGGAAGAUGUGUUACUAAAAACUAAAGUAUUGUAUGCAAAAGCCAUUUAAUGUUAAUAGCAAUACACUCAAUUUAGAUUGCAAGAGAUUCUUGAUGCAAAAUGUGUCACUUCUUUAUAUGGAAACUUAGCAUAGAAAUAGUCCAAAAAUAAAUAUUGUUUAAGGUACAUGUACAAUUGUUUGCCAGGUGAACAAGAAAAUAAAUGAUAAAGCAGAACUGUGAGAUUUUCAGCUUGAUUUUUCAGAUUUUUUUAUAAAAAUUAGUAGUUACCCUCAUACCAGGACGCUUGUGAAAUUGCCUUAAUCCUGUUCAAUGGACAGCACGGUUUCCUUUACAAUAACUGUGUACAUACUGUAUAAUCUGCUCUAUUGUUAAUGUACGUAUACUCUACUGUUACAGCGUCUGUUCUUCCUGUCAUAACACACUUAAAGGUAGGGUAGGUAAGAAUGGAGAAACCAGCUCGAGUGCGCUAGAAUUUGAAAGUACACAACCGAAAAAAAUCUGCCCCUUCCUUCAGACUUCCUUACAGAGCCCCUCCUCCAACACACAUGAACGCGCACAUGACCAAUGAGGGCACGAGAUAAGUUUGUGGGUUAUUUCAGGUUAUUUCCAGUUAUUUUAGCCAGGCCGGCUAAAAUGAUUGGUCGUGCUUUUCACAGUACUACGGCUUCCACAGAUGAAAUAUUUGUAUAUAUUUAUUGUCAAAGCAUUUAAUUUAUUCAUUGCUAUCGGGAUGUUAAGAGCAUUCCAUGGAAUAUAACAAAAAGUGUUUCUGAAGUGAAUGACCUACCCUACCUUUAAGAUUUCUUGGAAAGUCCAUUAUUAGAUUAAGGAUAAUUCUUCAGUGGAGAUAUUCAUUGACAUUUGUUUUUAGUCAAAGACAAUUAAGCUUAAACCCUUUCGGAGAGUUGAGAACAUGCAGCCAAAUGUUUACCCUGGAAAUUCUUAAAGGUUACCUAUUAUGCAAAAUACCCUUUUAUGUCUUUAAUACAUAAAUAAGUGUCCCCUCUGUGUUAAAGGAUUUGGAAAGUUUCAGGAAAAGAUAUUCUCUCUCUUUUUGUCCUGAUCCAUCUAUAUAAAAACCUGUCUGAAAAUUAGCCAUUAGCCAAUAACCAACCAAGGUAACACCCCCCCACCUUAUCACCUGAAUUUCCUCCAAGAGCACCAUUGUGUUUUGUUUUUUUAACCAAACAUCUCGCAGAGGGGCGUGGCCAGCAGCAGAUCAUUAGCAUUUAAAGCCACAGAUGCAGAAUCAGCACUUUUCGAACAAGGCUGAAUCAGAGGGGUUUACGGCAUGCUACAAUGGGUGAUCUGUUGGGUAUUUCGAGCCAAACGCUUCAGAUCCAUGUUUUGUAUAUCAGAGACUUAUAAUAUAUUGUUGAAAAAUAGUAUAAUAGGGGACCUUUAAACACACAUUUAGCACUAGUUGCACAAACCAAAAGUCUUCGUGUUUACUGGACGGAUUAAUGAAAUAUUCCCAAGGCAUGUUCGCAAAAAAAAAGGUUUACAGAAAGUGAAAAGAAAGGAAUGAUUAAAGACAGAAAUGUAUAGUCACUGUGUUUUUAAACCAGCAUGCUCAAUUUCGAGAAAACACUGUGAAAAUAGAAAGUGUAUAUACAUAGAAAGUGGCAAGUCCUGUUGGUGAAUUAAAAAGAUGUACAGGAUGUAAGAUACAGAGCUGCAGAGAGGUUGACUUGCUGCUCAACAAUCAUGCUCCCAUCUGUGUCAGUAUAGAAGGAAAAAAGGUUCCAACAUCUGUGUGCCCUGUGGCAUGUUACAUCUUCAAGGUGUCCCUCCUGCCUGCGUAGCUCUAUAGAUCUGAGAGGAAUGGCGACAGGGAUAAGCUAAAUAUUGAGAACCUAGCUUUGCCCUGCACUAGUAACGUAUACAUUUGUCUAGAAGGCCUCUUCCACUCCCAUCCCCACAGAUCUGGGAACUGGCUUAAUGCUGUUUUUUUUUAAGAUUUCAAAACUGCAUCUCUUCUUAUCAACCUUUGGCAUGUUAUGAAGGUGAAACUGUGCCACAUAUGGGUUAAGAGGUUUUUGAUUUCAUGUAACCAAUGUACAGAGGGAUUGAGAGGAUAUAUGGUAUUUUUGUUGUGAUGUAUAAAGAGAUAUAGAUACUACAAACACAAUUGUGAUUACACUAUGACUAUUUUUUAUCCAGUUUCAGUUGAUGUUAUAUUUAUUGAAUGUUUUGACCCUGAAUGAAGAGGCUGCCUGUUCUACCUCCAGCCCUGUUCCAGGAACAACAGGCCGGCUGUCUAAAUGUCCACAUAUGUGUCUGUCUGAUGCAUGGUUAUAUAUUUUUGCUGUAAUUUUAUUUACAUAAUAAAGACGGCUGUUGGAAAAUA